AUGGUCGAGUUUCGAGCAAACAUGACCGAAGUCCCGCAAUACAGUCUCGACUCGAAACCGGACUGGGUUCCGGGGGGAUGGGAUAUGAAGAAAGUCAUGGAUAUGACGAUUGAGGAGUGGAUGAAUUUGACUGAGAAGCAACAAGAUGUCCUGCGUGCGGGCCUCGAAGCGCAUUGCGGCACGGAGUUUAAGAAUGAGGUUAUUGGUGAUAUGGCUGCACGGUCUGAGCCGGAUGCUCCUACCGAACCACCAACCACCGCCCCGAAUUUUUUGUCUGUCCUGCGCCGCUACGCAGACCAAGGAGACUGGGGCUUCGUGUUUUACCGCACCACCUACGCCCAGGACGAGGAGACAUGGUCCCUGAUCAAACACAGACUCAACGCCCUGAUUGAAUCUACAUUUGACUACUACAGUAACAUAGACGGCGUAAAUGAAGCGAGACAGCGCUGGAAAUUACUCUGGGUCGAAGAUGGUGACACAUUCAGCAGCAUGCCACCUGAGAAGCUAGCGGCGCAUUACCGAGAGACAGUAGAAAAGUUGCCGGCGAAUUAUCAGCAUUCCAUGCUCUUUGCGAUCGACGAUGCGUCUGCGCGGUCGAUUUUGUUGGCGGAUUCUAUUGACCCAAAGAAAGUGCACAAACGUCCGAGGUUGGGGGAUGUGAUUCCUUUCGUUGUUGCGAUGGAUUAUGGCUUGGGGUUGGACGACGCAGAAGAAGAGGAGGCGGAGGAAGAGGACGCCAUUGAUGAAGAUGAUCUACAGAAUUGGCAUGGCCCGUUCAGGGCACACCCCGGCUCGAUAGUAGACGGAAUAUAUACCACCGUGGCCUCGCAGUCUAUGGAAAUGUAUGAAUUCGCGUACGCAGCGCAUGGGAAUGAUGAUGUCUGGUGGGAUUCGUAUGGUGGUGUAUGGACUCUUGAUGACGAGGGACGGUACGCAGAGAGACUAUUUGAGAGCGCGGCGCAGUUGAGGGUGGAGUAUCGAGAGAAGAAGAAGAAGAAGAAUAAGGGAGCGACAGCUGAAGAAUUGUGA